AUGGUUGAUAUAUUAAGACCACAAUUGAUUGAAUUAUCACAAUAUUGUCAAUCGGUUUGUGUUGGCAUCAAUUUGAUGACACCAACCAUUGAAGAUGGAAACAACUUCGGUGUUGAAGAACAACAGAAAGUUGUCGAAGCGUUCACUGCUGUCGACAAUGAUCUACAACGACGUCAAUAUGAUUUAACCGGCUAUUAUCAGUCUCGGACGGAUCUGAUGGCUAAAGCCGUUAAAUAUCCUAAUUUUGAGGACAGUUGGGAUGCAAUCAUUGAAAGAGACAAACACUUUCACAAUUAUUGUAGAUUAUCCUUAAUAUCUGUUUUCAAUCAUUACCUCAAUCUUCACGAUUUGGUUGAAAAAAAUUUGAAAAAAAAUCAAAAUCUCAGAACUGCUUCUGACAUCAAUAUGUAUUAA